UUCUAACUCAAGCUCUUUGUCUCAACCAUAUUACUGCCCUCAGAUCUCCAAUGCUCGCCCGCGCACCACACUCCUUGCGUGCACAAGUUGCGCGUACUCGCGUUGCCCCUUCUGCACGCUUUGUGCAUGGCCACGGCGAAUAUCAUCACUUGCCAUUCGAGUGGCCUGGAAAGAAACGAUUAUCGUUCGGUAUCAAGCUCACUGCUUUCCUGGUGUCAGGAUUCAGCAUUCCUUUCGCGGCUGCCAAAUUUCAAUUGAUCAAGUCUGGCGCAGCAUAGACAUGUGUAGGACGUUCGAUACAACAAAUUUUUUUGUCUUGUCGGUACCUAUAUCCGGAAUCUGAGCUCAAACCAAACUUCAUGAA